UUCAGAUCUCUUAGUCUUUCCCUUCCUCACACAAUUCAGCCACUCUCUCACUCAUCGCUCUUUCCUUCUUCAUGGCUAUGUGUUCUUAUUUAUAAAACUAUGGAAGAAGAAGACACAAGACCCUACCAACCGUUAACUGACAUCCGCUGCCUAACAGAACAUUCUUUAUGAUUUAUUAUUUACAAUUAAGGCAGUUUUUGAGGGAAAAGGGAAGAAAUAGGAAAAAGAAAAGACAGAGAGAGUGAAAGAAAAAAUUAAACGAAAGUUACAAAACUUUCUCUCUUUUGCUAACUUUCUUUUCACACAUAUAUAUAUACACAUAUAUAUAUAGGUAUGUAUGUCACAUACAUAUACACUUCCUAUUUAGCAUUUUCUCUUUUCAUCUAUAUAUACACAUACUUUAUUUAGCUGUUCGUCUUUAUAUAUAUAUGUGUGUAUAUAGUGCGCUCUGGCGCAUCUCUCUCUCUCUCUUAUUUUAAUUGUUAAUUAUUUCUUCUAUGAACUUUAGAUGUGUACUAAUUACUAAAAUUAACUUUAAUUAACCUCAGCCACCCACCUCAUCUGCUCCAAAUAACAGAAACCAAGAACACCGCCGCUAGAUCAUCACCAUCAUUUGCAAGAGAUGGAAGUAUAAAACUUUUUUUUCAAAGUUCUGACAGCGAAACAAAAAUUACGAAAUAUUGAAAUAAUUUUUAAACAAAAUGGGAUAUCUGGAAGAAAAAUGGAAUAUUCCUUAAGUGAAGUGUAUAUACAUAUGUAUACAUCUUUUCCUGGAGUUUUACAGUUCAGAAGUGUGUUAAAAUGAUGUACUGAAAAAAAGAAUGUGUCGCUGAACGACCAGGCCAUUGAAUCCAUUAAAGCUGACCACUGAUGUGUCGGUGGUCAAUGAAGUCUUUGACACAAGUUGUGACUUAAAAAAAAUAUAUAUAUAUAAAAACAAACAAACGAACAACCCUUGCAGACCAUCCAAUCUACGCCCACCACCAGAGACAAUGAAUGUUAACUGCGAGGAGACGCCAUUUAUUUAUGUUAACCAAGACGACAUUAUCCACUUGACGCAAGAAGUGAAGAAUUUCUCUGAUGCUCUGGCAAAGUUAAAGUGUGUCUUCACUGAUGGAACCGUUUGUGGUGAUGAGAUCAAAGUCGCUGCCCAUGAACAGCUUGGGGAGGUUCUGUUUACACUACGGCAGGUACUAGAGAAGUAUUUUGCCCUUCAGUCAGAAGAUCUGUUUGAAACAGCUGGUAACCUCAUCAAUAAAAUAAAAAAUUACAAUUAUGAAAGCAGCAUCAGUUCUGGUAGCACUCAAAGUUUCUGUGACUGCAUUGAUAAACUGGCAUUGGCUUUUAGCAGCAGUGUAUCAGAGUAUCUGAUGGGAGACGUUGAACCCCUUUACACAGGUGAUAUUGCAAAAUCAAAGUCUUACGAAGUCAUUGCCAGUACUGUCAAUGUUCACACUCCAAUGGAUGAAACCAAAACAAUAAAUGUUAUGGGACCUGAUGAGGUGAACGAAAUUCUACGGCAACAUGACAGUGGCAUGGAUGUAGCUUUACAGAGAGCCAAAGUUUGGUCAAAGUACCUCAAAGACAUAAUUUAUUACAUUGAUAAGAAGGCACAGCUGGAAACGGAUUACUCCAAGAAUCUCAUACGUCUCGCUCAGACAACCAAAUCAACAAUUGUUGAAGAUGCACUCCUACCUUUACAAUCAGUGUAUUGCCUUCUCUUUAAUAUGGACAUGGAUUAUGCCGCUUCUUGCCAGAAAACUCAAACACAAUUACAGACAGACAAGUUCAUUCGGCCACUUGCUACACGACGAGCUGAACAUGAUAAAAUAAGGAAAAAUAUUAAAGAGUCUUGGAACCGAGAAGUGAAGAAAAUGCAAGAAUCCAUCUCCAACUUGCGCAAGGCUCAGUCGUUGUUCUACAAAAGCAAACAAGAAAACGAAAAGGCUCGGGAAAUGGCAAACAAGGCAGAGACAGAGAUGAACAUCCAAGGCAGCAGCAGCACGAUUUCCACCAAAGUGGACAAGCGCAAGAAAAUAGUGGAAGACACCAUGAAUCGGGCUUACGAAACGGAACAUUCUUACAGGGCGCACAUCGAUGAAACCAAUGCCAAACACAAGGAAUUGGACAAAAUAAAGGGGCAUCUUCUAUCAAAAGUCUAUGAACAGAUUUUACUUUGUGAUGAAACAAUAAAAAAUGUAACUGUUGAAUAUUUUGAUUUAUUACACAAUAUGACCGCAAGUGUACCUCUUCAGUUCAAAAGACUCUCAGAAAGCAGUAAGCAAUACACACCAGCCAGUAAAUAUGCAGAAUAUGUGCGUAGAUUGCCAAGCAACGGUGCCCACCAAAUAGAAGAAGAGGUGUUCAAACCUUACAUCCCUACUACAAAACCUGAUGAUAAGAAGCCCUAUGUGACCAACAGCCCAUCCUAUUCAUCAGAAGCACCAUCACAGGAAGGGUCACCAUCGUGUUAUGAUAUUACUGAUGGAACUCAUGGCAAUAGUGGAUCUCGAGGGUCCAAUAUAAAGGAAUGGUCUUCAGGAGAUCUUGCCAGUGACUCGGAUAGUACUCCUUCUGCGGAAUCUUCCCCUCCUGUCAGUCCUCGAGGUCCCAUCGCAUUGCAGACUUCCAGCGUCAAUUCCCUGGAAGACUUGGUUCAUGGAGAUGGGGAAGAUUCAGAAUAUAGUCAAACAAAAUCUCAGAAAGCGUCAGACACUUCAUCUGGUGUUAAAUUACAUCAAACUUUCCUUGGUAAACAUUGUCACACGUUUGGCGUUAAUUUAGAAGACCAUUUAAAGACAUUUAACACUGAUGUUCCACAUAUUAUUAAAAAAUGUCUCGGUGAAAUUGAAAGAAAAGGGAUCACAAUCAAGGGUAUCUAUCGUGUAUCCGGGGUGAAAUCCAAGGUAGAAAGUCUAUGUAAACAAUUUGAGGCUGAUCCAGAUGGUGUGGACCUUGAACAGCAGCAUCCCAAUGUUAUAACUAGUGUUCUUAAGAUGUACCUCAGACAGCUUCCGGAACCUUUACUUACAUUUGAUGCCUAUGGAGGUUUCAUUCAAACUGCCAAAGAAAUUAAUGCAGGUACAAUAUCAGGGGAGAAGAUAAUCGAUAAAUUAAAAGAAUUGAUUGGACAACUUCCACCAGCAAACUACAAAACUACUUCACUUUUAAUUUCUCACCUUCGGCAAGUAUCCAAAGAAUCUGAUGAGAACCAAAUGAAUGCCAGUAAUUUAGGGAUUGUCUUUGGCCCCACCUUACUCCGCCCUUAUGAAGGAACACCUCUGUCAUCUCUGGUUGAUACUUACUACCAAACCAUGUCUGUGGAACUUCUCAUUAAACACUCAGAUGAACUUUUUGGAGAGAAAACAGAAACUGUGAUAAUUCCAUCUCAAGAAAGUACCACAGCUAAAGAGAAACAUGAAAGAGUUCCCUCAACAAAAUCUUCAAAAAAAUCUGGUGGCUCUCAAGAAGAAUCUCCAACACUGGAACAAUUGGUGUCAGAGUCAUUCGCUGUGAGCUCUGCUUUGCCUGUAUCUGUUGCUGACAAUGCCUCUACCACCACCACUAUUACUACUACUACUACUACCACCACUACCACCACCACCUUCAACAAUACCAUCACCACUACCACCACCACCACCUCUACAUCUCCUUUGGCCCAAACUACUAUUACCACCACUACCUCACACGACCCCAUUUCAUCUGUUGCCAUAACGAUGCCUUUGACAGCUGCCAGUAAGACCAAUGACGAUACAAUUGUUGGGAAAGUUCAUCUUCCACUUCAGAUGGAAACGCAAGGAGAAAAACAACAACAACAACAGCAGCAACAAGUGCAGCAGCAGCAUCAACAGUUCAAACGCCUGCAGCAGCAACAACUACGACAAAAACAAUCUCUGCCACUACAUCACCAUGAAGUCCAUUUAACAGAACCCAAAAGCUUCCAUUUGUCCCCCACAAAUAAACAGAAACCUUUUCAUGAAUCUCCAAAUUUUGACGUCGGAAAGAAAAAUGACCACCGGAAGUUGACCGAAACUCGGUCGCUUCCUUUCUUGUUGAGGACUGAACAAAAAGCAUUGGAUCAGAGAGCUAUUCCGACAUCGCUAAAAACCGACGCUAAAGUCUAUUAUUACCCGUCUAAAUAUUCAGAUGAUGGAGUCCGGCUGACAGCUGCCAGAAGCCUAGACACUGUCACUUCAUUUAACCCUGCUACCACUUCUAAGCCUGGCAAGCUGCCGUCGGAGCACACUGAAGUGCCACUGUCGGCAUUGCGCCACAUCAAAUCGCCACCUGUCGUCACGGCGAAGGUGUGCGUGAAAACGACGGCUCCCAGGCCAAACCAGCCUCGACACCGAGAAGAAAUCUUCGACCUGUUGCCUGGCAUUUCUCCCAGUUCUGCAUCUAACCCCAAGACGCCGUUACAUCGGACUGUGUCUGCCAAUUCCCCCGUCGUCCUCACUUCCAUCAUACCGAUCGAACCAAAGAUGCAGGCGCCUGAGAUUCCACUCGCCCACAAACCUGCAAGCAGCAAAUCCAGUUCUCCAUCAGUGACGUCUACGGAAUCGCUGGACUCCUCAUCCUCGGAAUUACUCAUUCCCCUUGCGCGUUCGCCCUCAGAUGAUCGUCAACCACGUUUUGUUUGAUGAAUUUUUUUUUUUUUAAUUAAAUAUUUAUAAAUAUUUAAAAAAAAAAAAAGAACAUCAUAAUAUAAAUAUAAA